UGGAGAGUCUAAUGUGGACAUAUUAGAGAUUUCCAUUUGGAAAAAAAUGUGUUCUGAAAGUCCUUCAUUGCACUUGAUUGGGCUUGUGCUUUUUCCACAUUUUCCUUCGUAGACAAUCUACUGGAAUUUAGUAGUUUCAUUUUCACCCAGGAGGGAGAAAUAACCUUUUCUCACUCUAGACUUCUUUUUAUUGAAAUAACUAUUUAAUAGAACUUUUUUUCCCAUUUUUCUUAACAUAAUUGAUAUAAAUUUCCUUAAGGAUAACUGAAGAGCAAGAGCUGUCCUUCCAUACUUCAAGUGUACUUGUGUACUUCAAGUUUAGGCACCAAAGGCUCUUUUCUUUAUUAUCUUAACUUCCUGACAAAUCAGGGAGUUGAUUUGUAUUAAAAAUAACCUUUUCUUUUGCAAGGUUAUUUUUGUCCCAGUUAAGUUCCUCAGUCUGGUUCAACAUGAACAACUGAAUAGUGUAGCUGUGAGGGCAGCCACAGGGUGCAAAGGGACAGUGAGGGGUAAAUGAAUAACAGGAAAUACUUAUGUUAACAUUGCCACAAAAAGUGUCCAAUUGAUCUGCAACCUCAAAUGUGUUGAAGCCCUUUAGAGAUUUCAUUAUACAAUGACUGCAAAUUAAAAAUUAAAGUCAUGGGGUUAGUGAAAGCAGAACAUUUUAGGAGAGUUUCAGAGACUUCCUCUAUCCCUUCAAAAUAUCAAAUGCUUCCUCAUUGAAACAGCGUUACAAGGACAUUCUGAGUAACUUUCAGGGCACUGGGCUUGGAAAUAAGAGACUCAGUGCACUGGGGAUAGAUGACGAAGAUACUUCUUUGUGGUAGCAAAGCGUGAAAGAAGAGCAGGUAGAAAUAGAAGCUUUGAAAAUAAGCCUCAUGGAGAGGGUAUAGAAUUUAUGAGGAGGAUAUCUUGUCUGUAUUUUUGUUGAUACUGAAUUCUGAAAAUCAGAGAUGAUGACCUCAUUCUUCCAGCACACCUUGAUAUUCUUGCCGGGCAGCGCCUCUCCUUAUGCUAUCCCAUCACGUGUGCCUCAGGCCUACUAGAGCUGUAGAUAUGGAGCUAAAGAAGAAAAUACAUGUUGAAAUUUGUGCUAUAACCUGUUACAAAAAAAAACAGACAUCAUACUGAAACCAAGUCAUUCAAAGCCAUUAAAAUGAAACUUACCUUUUCCUGGCCAGGAAAUACCUAUCAGAUGGUCACUAAUGAGGCAGUUUAGUAGAAGUUCUGCAGCUUCUUAACAACUUCUUGAGUGAAUCUGCUUUACACUCCAAGCUCCUGAGAAAUGAGUCAGCAGACCACAAGCUUCCUUGCAUGCACCACACUGCAGAGGACUCUCCUUAGCUACAGAAGCUUUUAAAUUCCAUUUUUUUCUCUUUGCAGUCAGAGCAGAUCUGUUGGGCACAUACCUUUUUUCUUCUUACAGAUCCUAUGGCUCCUCACUUGGUUUACCAUAGAUGUACACUAGCAUGAAGAAGCUUGGCCACAAGACUCAUAGGCACCACUGGGGACCACUUGGAUGCCCAAGAUGGGCUCAGAGAUGUUCAGGAGAAAAAAUCCACACAAAAUACGGAGCAUGAAAGCAGAAAUGGUUUCCAUCACAACUGAAAAUGUUACACAAUUUUACAACAUCGUGGCCACCCAGGAGUUCACAGUUAGUCCAGCAAAUUUCCACACUAACUCAGGAGCACAUCACCUGAAUACGUAUGUGUGUAUUAAUUCAGAUAUAUGGAAGUGGCUACAGGAUUUUCAGCCUGCGUUCCUCUGGUUUAUAUUUAUUCUGGGAACAAUAGGAAAUUCUUUUGUCCUCAUCGUCCUCUGUUUCCAUAAGAGUCGUUGCACAGUGGCUGAAAUUUACCUAGCAAACAUGGCACUUGCUGAUCUAAUGUUAGUCUGUGCAUUGCCUUUCUGGGCCAUUAAUAUUUCUAAUAACUUCCAUUGGCCGUUUGGCCUGUUCCUCUGUAAAGUUGUCAACAUAAUGAGCAUCAUGAACUUUUACUCUAGCAUUUAUUUCCUGACACUAGUGAGUAUUGAUCGCUAUCUGGCCUUGGUCAAAACCAUGUCUCUUGGAAGGAUGCGACGAACUGUAUGUGCCAAAUGGAAUAGCUUUAUAGUCUGGGCAUGUGCAUUGCUCAUGUGUUCACCUGCAAUGGUGUUCCGAAAAGUAAAGUAUUAUGAAGAAUUCAACAUCACAGCCUGUGGUCUUGUUUACCCAGACAGAUAUUGGCAUCCUAUAAGCAACUGCUUGCUAAAUAUUGUGGGCUUUGUGAUCCCACUCUUUGUAGUUACCUAUUGUACUAUGCAAAUCAUCAAAACCUUACGAAGCAGUGAACUACAGAAACUGCGGUUAGUCCAUACAGAGAGGAAAGCCACCACACUGGUCCUUGCUGUGCUCUUGCUGUUCAUUGUUUGCUGGCUUCCAUUCCAAAUCAGCACAUUCAUCGACACAAUCUGUUACGUCGCGGGCACUCUCAAAUGCCUGGAAGAAAUCAAUGACAUAGUGACCCAGGUAGCUGCGUACUGUUCCUUUAGCAACAGCUGCCUGAACCCAGUCCUGUAUGUAAUUGUUGGGAAGCAUUUCCAGAAGAAGGCUGUGGAAUUCUACAAGGACUUGUUCCCAAAGAGGUGCGGAAAAUCACAGUCUGCGCAGAUGGAAAACUCCCUGGACACUUUGAGAACUUCCAUUUCAAGUGAAUACUCAAGGAAAAAGUCUGUUUUCCCAUUACCACAGUAGAACAAUUUGUUCAUUACAAGGAAAAAAAGCCUUCUAACAUAUUGGUUUACACUACUAUCCAUCUGCUACUGGGCCGCAGAAUAUAUGUGGUAGUAUUUAUCAUUUGUAGGAAACCAACUUUUUGAUCUUAAAGGAGACUCCUUACAGAGACCUACUUUUGAUGUUAUUGGACAUUUUUCCUAAUUUAAUCCUACUUUGUUAGCACAGUUACAUUUUCAUGGGUGGAUAACAGUUGAUGCAUUCAUUAUUUGAAACGUUUUUAUUUCUAAGGUGUGCGUACAUGUACACGGAUUCUCUGAAUAGAGCCCCAGUAUAGAAACUAUUGUCAGGAUUGUGCAACUACUAAUGGUAUGCAUACAGUUUGUUAGGCUGGAUUUUUGAUAGGAGGGGCUUGUAUUUGAAUAUGUUCUGGUAAAUGAAUCCUGUAAGACUAUUAUUCAAAUGGAUUUUUAGGUGUGGCCACCUACUGAGCUUUUACUUUCUCUGUUCAGCCAUCUACAUCUAUUUUGAUUCAUGGAUUGACAAGCUGUGCCUUUUUGCAACUGCUCCGGCCCUACUAGCUACAGGUUUAUGUCAGCUUGUAUGUAUAGAAUGUAGCUCAAAAAGGUAAAGCAGCAGUGGAAGGAGGGCUACUCCCAGCUGCAUGAUGUUAGCUGAGUUUUCUUUGUAGCAGGAGAUUCUUUACCCCUUCUGUAUUGGGGUAAAAGCAUUCAUUUACUCCUUUUCAGUGAGUGAAUGCUUUUUACAUUCACGUGUACACUUCAGCUCAGAAACUUAGUUUUUAAUAUUCACAAAGCAUCAUUAAUAUCUGUAUUGUUAUUUAAUGGAAAUGUAAAAGCUCAGAACAUCUGGUGUAAUCUCACAAGUACAAGAAAUUAGAAACUGAGAAUGUGAAAGAGAGCAUCAUCUAACAGCCUUAGAAAUCUAACUGAAGAUAAUGGGAGUCUUGAAAGUUCGGAGUAUUCAAGAAUGGCUUUUUCAGAGUCUAAUAAUAUCUACAUUUUAUUUCUAGGGUUAAUCUAAGUGAUUUUAGCGCAAGAAAGCUUUUCUCCAGUUGGACUGGGUUUAUGAUCAAAUUUUAGUUUACAGAGAAGAUAAACUCAGAGUGAACUGAAUUGUCAGUCUGCAAUUUUAGUUUUAGGAACCUUGAUCAAAAGCCGAGAUGAUCUGAAAUCUUCUGAAAGUAACAGAGCCUUUAUUCUUUUCAAAACACUUAAGGUUAUAGCCUUAAAAACAGCAAGGGUAAUGCAGUCUGGUGACAUGUAAACUCAAAUUACUACUGCAUGGUCUUUAUUAUUCAAAGCUUGAAUGGAGCAAUAAAGUUCCAUUUAAGAUGGGAAAUUUGUAUUAAAACUUGAAAUAAUUAAACCCCAAAAUAGUCUAGAAGUCUGUGGAUGUGCUAUAAAAGCUAUGAGAUUUAGAUCCUUGUAGAUGACUUAUAGACAAUUUCCACAGGUUUUCUUUAAUAAUCCAGUAUAUUCCUUCAUCAUAAAUAAUUCUAUUGUUCAUUCUUUAAAUUAACCAAGAUAUAUAUGAUGAAACAUUGCAAGACUUUCUUUUAUCUGCAGUGUUAUAAAUACUGUCUCAUUCACGAGCAUGCUGUUCAUGCAUAAUAAGAAUAAUAUAAAUUUAUAUAUAUAAGAAACUCCAUACAGAGGUUUUGAGGCAAUGGAAGAUAUUUUGGGGUAUUUGGUACUGAGAAGUAAAAUAGUAAAAUAUUAAAAUGUUAUUAUAUUAAUAUGGCAUUAAUUUAAAUCAUGUAAAUAUAUAGACACAUUAUUUUGCUAUGCAGUAAGGGUGGACUACAGAAAAUAAACUCCUUUAAUAUAUGGGAUUUGCUGUUGUUUUCUUCUCUUGCCCGUAUCCUGUUACUCAGGAAUGGCUUGUCAGAAGUGCAAUUGUCAUAGGUACUUUCUUUCACUUCCCAUUGUACCAAAGGAAAGUGAGGCAAACCCAAGGAAUUUUAAUUAUUUUCAAAGCUUUGGAUCUUAAAAAGCUGUUAGCACAAGCAGAUGAUGUCAGUUGUGGACAGGACAAGGUUGCUCUUUUCCAGUCAGGGUUUCCAUGAGAAGUCACUAUCUCAGUUCAGGUCUCCUAAAUCCCCAAGUAGUACUUUAACCACUGAAGCACCCUUUCACUCCAUUCUUCCAUCAGCACAUUGUGGGUUUCCAGACUGUAUUGGCUCCUUCUAAUUUUUGCUGCUUCGGCCUUGGUAAACUGUAGUUAGUAGAGCUUGAUUAUUACUGCACUGUGAUGCUACCACGGUCAUAUAUUAGUAUUGCAUUGCUAUAUGUACUGUUCAGUCUGAAACUUCUCACAUCGUUAUUAUCAGUAGAAAUGUGCUGUGCUGUUCUUAAUACAUAAGAGUAUGAGAAAAUGUUUCAUUAUCAGUAGAACUGUGCUGUGUGAGAAAGUGUUCCAUGGCUGGCAAUAUGAGCAGAAUUGGGCUGCGCCAACUUAACUGUAUCUUCUCAAGUAUACAAGACGAGAAGAGAAGAGAAGAGAAAAGAAAACUAUCAACGUCCUGGCUGACCAUUCAGCACGAGUAUGGAUGCUGUGUGAAAAAGAGAGGAGCCGUGCAGGAACAUAGCACCUCUACAGCCCCUUAGCUUAAAGACAAGAGAUACCCAUCUGCUUCCUCCUCUCCCCUCCUGGGAUCUUGGUCACGUUCCAGGAAGAUGAAGGGCAGUAAACAGCUGGGGCCAGAUGCUGCUUCUUGGGGUUAUGUAAGUUGUUUAUGCAGUAGUAUAAAAAAUAAGACCCUCGUGGCAAUUAGUUAGAGACCUCACCUACGAGUGGAUGCACUGCGUAGGCCCUCCCAGUUGUCCGGGGUCAGGCUCUCCAAAUGCUUCUUGUGAAAAAGGGGCUCCCUGGCAACUAUGGAUCUGGAUGAUAAAGAUGAUAAAUGGGACAAUUGGUGAUGUAUCCUUCUUAAUUACUAUACUUAUUGUCUCGUAGUAAUGAUUAGACACAUUGCCUUUAAAAGCUGUUACUCUUAACUUGUUGGUCGUCACUACUAAUCAUUUGUCACCUUUUGUUUUCUUGCUGUGCAAUGCCUUCUAGUUCCUCCUGUUUGUUGCCCAUGCUCUGUGCAUUAGUGUAGAUGCACUUAGCUGAGCUGUUGAUCCCAUCAUGCUCCUGAGGGGAAUAGUCUUAAUUGAUACUAUGAUAUUCACUGUAGUUUCUAACCCAUCAAUAACCUUUGCAUCUUUGCUGCCACAUGCAGUGCUAUCUCCCGCUUCCUCUGAAGUGGCAGACCAAAGGGCCUUGCUCGCAUACCAACCUUCAGACACAGGAGUGCCAGGCGUUUUUCUAUCAAGCCUCAUUUCGUGCCCCUGCCCUUUCAUAUCUAGUUUAAAAUUAUAUUGAUUAGCCCUGCUAAAUUCUUAGUAAGCAUCCUUUUGACUCCUGGGGACAAGCGCAAGCCACCCUUUGUCAACAAGUGUCGUGUUGUGUAGGCAACCCGUGGUCAAAAACCCAAAAGUUUUGCUCCUCACACCAGGUUUGGAGCCACGUAUUUAUUUCCUGUCUCUUUCUACUCCUUCCCUAAAGAGCCAGAACCCAGAAGACUUUCAGAUUUCUGCCAUUUGUAUACUAUGUAAAGUGUGUAAUUAUUGAGCAAAAAAUCUUACUUCUGCCUUCAUCGAUAUAUUUGUUUAAUCUUUCUGAUCAGAGAAGCCCAGUUAGUAUUUGCAAAUUCCUGUGCAGCUCUAGACUACGUGUAAUUUUUGCAAGAAAUUCAACACAGGCAGAGUGGCUAAAGAUCAUAGAAGCAUAAAAGGUAAACUCAUGUGCCGUGAGCAUCCUGAGUUGAAGACACCAAUACACAGAUAUGUUUUAAUGAUGUGUAUACAGCAAAAGCCUUUUAACUGUUGACUCUAAUACAGAUGUUUUUAAAUUUAUUCCUUCACAUUCCUGUAAUUUGUGGUCCAUAACAUCUGUGCAAAACUGUUAAAUCUUACCAAAUAACUAUAUGCUUUCUAAAAUUUGAAAUGAAGACCUAAACUGCAAAGAAAUUAUGAAUAAAAUAUGUUUUGUAUGAAGGUACAGCUUCUUACGUGGACUUGUUCUAAGUUGUUUAACAACUGAAUCUAGAGCAGUGCCUUUUCAUUUCAUUAUUAUGCCGCCAAAUGCAUAGACUCCCAAUUCUAAAUCUCUGUCCACUAAUGACAAAAAUCCAAAGGUGGCAAUCAAAACCAACAAAAAGUAAGAAACCAGAUUUAGAAGGAAGAGUUGGAUUUGCAAACCACUAGUUCAAUCCCAUUUUGAAGUCAUGAGUUGUGUAAGACUGUGUUAUUUAUCAUUCAAAUUUUAUGCAAAACUGCAGUUUUCUGUACAGAGUGUGAGUAGAUGUGGAUGUUGGCAGCUCCUAGAGAUUAAUGUCUAAGCAAAGAUGAAUGCCGGACUUCUUGUAAUUUCCCAAAUGUUCUUCUUUAUGGAAAAAGUAACCUAAACACUGAAAUUCACUGACAUAGGCAAAGGGGAAGUUUUGGAAAGUCUGUGACGAAGAUCUGUUGUAUUACACUUACCUUAGUGAGUCAGCAUGGAAUGUGUUGUUUAGAGAUCGUGCUCCUGUAAGUUAUCAGGAUUCCUUAGGUAACAUGUAAUUAAUGAAAAGUCACAUUACAAGUCUUCAGCAAAAUUAAUGUUUUGCUAUAGAUAAUUAAAAAAAUUAUUCU